AUGUCUUCUUCGAACCCUAAGAGAAUUUAUCUCAAACGAAACUCCAGAAACGAUCUCGAUGAUGAAUAUUCACGAAAUCAAGCGGGUUUUCCAGAGCUAGAGUAUGGCUCACCGCCUCGGGGUACACAAGUUCUUAAUUUCUCCAAGGAAAGCGCUACAGAAAAGGAGAAAAAGACAGACGUUAUUGACGAAGCAAUGCGGAGACGUCGCGUAGAUACUUUCAAAGAGAAGAUCUCUGCUUUAGAAGCUAAGGACAAAGAUCAAGAAGCUGAAAUUAAGAGGCUGGAAGACUUGAGUAACAAGUUGAGGAGAAAAAAUAGUAUAGAAAAGUCAAAAUCGAAAGGCCCCAAUUUGGAGCGUGAACUCGCAGACGAAAAAGCCGAGAUUUCGGGGCUGCAAAGGGCCAAUUGGCGUUUGAAAGACCUGCUUCGCGAUGAAGAGGCCAGGGCUGAGAAGAAAACCUCAGAAGCAAAAAUGUUGAAAGCAGAGAUGGCCGAGCAAGGUAGACACUUCCAAACUCUGCAGGGUAUGAUGUCGACUUUAAAUGAGGCAACACAAAGCGCGAUACACGAGCAAAAGCAGCUUGAAUUAGAAAGCAACAAACGAGAGGCCGAAACCAAUGCACUGACAGUUGCAAAGCGAAAUCUUCAGAGACAGCUGGACGAAGCGAAUCGAAAGUUAAGUGUCGAGGUCGAGAAGGGCAAAAAUCUACAAGCAAAAUCCACUGCUGAAAUCGCCAGAACACAAGUAUUGCGAGAAGAAAAGCACAAACUGGGAACGGAGUUGGAAGAUAAGAAAAAGUUGCUAGAUACACUUCGCAGAUCGUUCAGAGCGUUACACGCGUUUGCGAAUGAUGAACCGCUCGAUAGCUAG